CCUAUAGGUAUACCACAUGCUACCACGCGUAAUGAUAUAUAUUCAUUCCAAAAGAUACCAAGAUUCUCCCCAUCUUUCAGGAUACUAAUGUUACAUUACAGGGAUAUUUCACAGGAUGAAAGGCUGUACCCUGACGCAUCUCGUUUCAUACCAGAGAGGUUCUUGGACGCUAACGAGGCAUUGACCAAUGAUAACCCUGCGGAAUACACUGGCCGGCGUGUAUGCCCAGGUUGGUUGGGUUAUCCUACUCUCGCCGGUACACUGGUGAUACCACUCUGGUCUGCUAUUGCGACCAUGUUGGCCACGGUCGAAUUUUCUUUUGCUAAGGAUGACCAGGGGGAAAUGAUCAACUUCACCCCACAAUUUACGACGGAAUUGACUCGGUGUUUUGUUUCCCUGUGCCAUUCUAUCCUCUUGUCAUUAACAGUCUUAUCAUUUUUGCUUCGUUAUGGUCUUUCCUUGUAA